GAGAGAGAGACAGGAAGAGAGAGAGAGGGAGGGAGACAGAGGGAGGAAGAGAGAGACAGAGAGAGAGAGAGAGAGAGAGACAGAGAGAGAGAGAGAGAGAGAGAGAGAGAGAGAGCGAGAGGAGGGCAGUGCUGACAGCUCGCCGCGAUUCUGGGGAGCGAAAGCAGAGCGUGGACACAAUGGAGCGCGCGGCAGGAGACUCCUGAAAGAAGCGUCCAUUUACCAGCUUUUCUGUUGCGGGAGGACCAGAAAUCUGCAAUAAGGCGGAUGAGAAAAUUCAAGAGAUCAAAAAUGUCAUGUAAAGGGGAUUAAACACAAGUGACUGAUAAAUGCGGGGAUCGCUGGAGAUAAAGGGGAGCUAUGCCGUUACUGACCUACCUCAGCAACGCUUGAUUAAUCAUGAUGAAGACCGAGUCCCCGUCCUCAGCCAGCGCAAGCACCACUACCAGCUCCAGCUCCAGCUCCAGCUCCAACUCCAACUCCAAUCUCAGGAGCCCGUCUCCGCACAGGAAUGCGUACGAGGCGGGCAUCCAAGCGCUGAAGCAGGCGAAGGACUCGCUGAACAGCGCUGCUAACGGCGAUGGCCAGGACAGUAAGCCCAAGUCAUCUUCUCGGGGCCGCAGGUAUGGCUCCAAUGUGCACCGCAUCAAGAACAUGUUCCUGCAGAUGGGCUCUCCUGUUCCCGGGGAGGGUGAGGACCUGGCUAAGAGCAGUGACCGGUCAGUGCGUCUCUCACUGCCUAGGGCCAGCAGCCUAAACGAGAACGUUGACCACAGUGCACUGCUCAAACUGGGCGCCACUGUUUCAGAGCGCGUCAGUCGCUUUGACCCCAAAAUAGAUGGGGGCCAACACAGGGGGUCGUCUGGUUUUUCCAAACUGCAGGAGACCCGCAAGAUAUUUGAACAGCGCCACCUGCAGGAGAAGCAGGCGGCCACCAACCGUAUCCUGUUAAAGAAAGAGCGGGCUUCUGGCUUCCAGGACGGUCGGCUGGAUGUGGUGGUGCGUUUCAAUGGCAGCACAGAGUCGUUGGACAAUCUGGAUGGAGGUGGUGCGGUGGAGGCGGUCUCGCCCACCGUAAGCCAACUCAGUGCCGUCUUUGAGAAGGCUGACCUCCGGAACAACCUGCACAGGCCCUCCACCUCUCCACUGCCCUCUCGGGGGGUCAGUUCACCCUCAGGGAGAGCUGGUGUCAGUUCCAGGAUCAUCUCCAAGAAGACCCAUGUCAUCCCCCAGAGCAGCCAGGAACAGGGCGGCCAAGCAAAGGACCAGGAGGUGUCGCCCAGGAGUCCCAGAGCUAAGGUGAGCACCCAAAAUGAGGGCGCUGUUUCUUCAGAGGGCUCAAGACGGGGAGGCCAGGCUGCUGCUGAGGCAGACAAGGCUAAGCUGGAUUCAGAGGUGGGCAAGUCCAACGAGGAUGUGAACUCUAGUGCGAAGGAUGAGGCUGAAAGGGAACCGGGGCUCACAGGUGGCCAGGAAGAUAUCGGGAACCAAGAGGCAGCCAGCCGGCUGGUGCAGGCCGAGGUUCACGCCUCUCAGGAGAAUGAGGAGGUUGCUGGGAAGAGAGAGGGCUUAGAAACAGCCAGCUCUGUCGGCAAGGAUUCUAGCACCAACGAGGUGGGAGAAGAAGGAGAGAAAGGCCUUGCAAAUCAGGUGGAGGAGUCCCUACAAGGGGAGGAUCUGUGUGAGGAGUCCCGGAAGGAGGAUUACUCAGAGGCGGACCUAGUGGACAUCAGCGCCUACAGCGGCAUAGGGGAGGACUCUGGGGGUAGCCAGCUGGACGAGGAGGAGGAGGAGGAUGAAGACGACACCUAUGAGCCUGAGUCCAGCUGUACUGAGAUUCCGGGACUUCCUACAGAGGAGGAAUUGCCCCCAAGCCGGAAAAUCCGUUUCAGCACCGGACCAAUCAAGGUGUUCACGACGUACUCGAAUGAGGACUACGACCGGCGAAAUGACGAUGUGGACCCCAUGGCAGCCUCGGCUGAGUACGAGCUGGAGAAGAGAGUGGAGAGGCUCGAUCUUUUCCCUGUGGAACUGGAGAAAGAUGGGGAUGGCCUGGGAAUCAGCAUCAUCGGGAUGGGAGCGGGAGCAGACAUGGGUCUGGAGAAACUGGGCAUCUUUGUCAAGACGGUCACAGAAGGAGGGGCCGCCCACAGGGAUGGCAGGAUCCAGGUGAACGACCUCAUCGUGGAAGUGGACGGCACCAGCCUGGUCGGGGUCACGCAGAGCUUCGCCGCGUCGGUGCUGAGGAACACGACAGGCAAAGUGAGGUUUGUGAUUGGCCGAGAGAAGCCCGGUGAGCAGAGUGAGGUGGCCCAGCUGAUCCAGCAAACCCUGGAGCAGGAGCGCUGGCAGCGGGAGAUGAUGGAACAACGCUACGCCCAUUAUGGGGAGGAUGAGGAUGAGACCGGCGAGUACGCCACCGACGAAGAGGAGGAGAUGAGUCCCAUGUUUCCCAACGCCAUCGAGGUCUUCGACUUGGCUGAAAGUGAGGACAUGCUGUCCCCCAUGGAGAUGGAUCCUGAGAAGCUGGCCCACAAGUUCAAGGAGCUCCAGAUUAAGCAUGCUGUGACUGAGGCUGAGAUCCAACAGCUGAAAAGGAAGCUGGCCCAGGCCGACCAGGCAAAACUGCGCUGGCGCAUGGAGAAGGCGCAGCUGGAGCAGAGUCUCCAGGAGAACAAGGAGCGCGUGGAGAAAUUAGAGGGCUACUGGAUGGAGGCACAAAGCCUGUGCCAGGCCGUGGACGAGCACUUGAAGGAGACGCAGGCCCAGUACCAGACACUGGAGCGGAAGUACAGCAAGGCCAAGCGUCUCAUCAAGGAGUACCAGCAGAAGGAGAUUGAAUUCUUGAAGAAGGAGACCGCCCAGCGUCGAGCCCUUGAGGAGUCAGAGACAUCCCACAAGGAGCAGGCAGAGAAGCUGCAGGAACAGGUAGUGGAGGAGGAUCAGAUAACAGAUCUGGAGUCCAGGGUGGAUGCACUGAAGACACCUGAACCCUAAUGCACCCUAAAGGAGAGCGAGACGCUUUUAAAGAUGGCCGUCAUUUUAAUUGAAUUUUACUGGUGGAUAAGAGGAAAUAAAAAAAUAAAUAAAUAGCCAGUCCUUCAAAACAAGUGGCUGGUAGGGGCAGCAGUGGGGGAAGGGGGUUUUAAAAAAUGUAUGUCUGAUGUCCUUUCUCCUACCUGUCAUUUAACCCAGGGGGUCCCACUGGAUGAGUUCUAGUUGGGUUCUGGAUGUGUUUGUGAACCUUCCAGCUUCUGUUGCUUAAUAUUAUUUUUCCUUUUUACAUCCAUAUACCUGUGGUGUGUGGAGAAGCGUUGCUCUCAUCGGUCAGUUUUAGUUUUUAAACAUUCCUUCGACUUCACUAGCUAAGAACAUCGCUGACAUUGGCUGCUGGCUCACCUACCAGUUGUACUGACUCCCUCAGUGUCUGAGGAGUUGACAGUAUUGACCUCGGGUGCUCGCUCCAGCACGGUCAUUGCUAUGACUUGAUAUUUGGGGCUGAUUUACUCCUGCGUGCUGUAAAUUCUUGAGACUUUUGUAUUGGUUUUAAUGACAAAAACAUCGAGGAAAACCCCUUACUCCUAGCCUCCCGUUGGGCUUUUUCUGGGUCUGUACAGAAGUGAUGUGAAAUAUUAGAUGGGAUGGACAUGGUUUGUAUAUAUUCUUUAUAUAUAUUUAAAACUGUUACAAUAGAAGGAGAUGGGGGAGGGGUGUAAAAUCCUUUGGGGGGGGGACUACAUCUGGAAUUGAAUAAGGGAAUUUGAUGCAUAAAUUCCAAAUGUCUGGACCUCAAAUGAGCCACUUUGAGGAUUUGAAACUUUGGAGACAGAAUAUCUACAGGUGCAAGGAUGCUAAAUCAUCAAUGUGUCUAUUCGUUUUUGCCUUAGAUCAGUAUUAUUUGAUUUUUGUGCUUAACUUGUAACAAAUAGAAAAUUAACACCCACAGUAUCUAACGGUCUCAUUCUCAUUGCGUGUAGUCGAGUAGCAGUGCUAAUUUAUCAAGGUCUGAGCCCUUGUUUUCCCAAAGUGCUUGAGUAAGUUGUGCUUUACCUUGGGGCGGAGCUGCAUGGCUGAGGUUAAAUCGGAGAGAGAGAGAGGGAAAGAGAGAGAGAGAGAGAGGCCCCAAUGAGCGCACGGUGAGGCUCUGUGGCCAGCAAACCUGUUCCUCAAGCAGGGUUGGUGUCUCUCGCCCCAACCCUGAAACCUACCGCUGCCUUUUCCUCAAUACUCCCCUCCUUCACUUUUUAUAAUCAGUCUGAGUAGGUCUGUCCUGUUUUCACAGCAGAGAGGAAAUCAAUGUUGGGGAAAUGUUGGCUACUUUUCCCAGCAUGCUCCUCUGUCUACUGAAGUUUUUUUUUCCUGUUUUCCUGAUUGUGUUCCAGCCAAUAGUCAAUUAGCGUGUCCAGGUGACUGUGAAUUGCCAUCAUAUGUCCGAUUUACCACAGACACCCCUUGCGUUUUAUGGAUUACUGGGGUUGUAAUAAGUAAGCCGAGGCUCAGAAGACGGCGAUGGCGACCACCCGCUGCUAGGCUUCGUUGCUGUUACCGUUGACUCUGGCUGGGUUUUAGACGCUUUGUAUUCUUGAACCAUUGAUGAUAGGAGGAAUCGAUGAAUGAAGGAACAAACUUGCAAGUAGCACACCCCCUCCCACUUUGUAACAUGUUGUAAAAAAAAAAAUAAUACAUUUCAGUGUGAUUGUGUUAGUCUGACGAUCAAGCAUUUUUUACAUAUUUAAAGCUACGAUUUUAGAUGGAUUAGAUGCAGACAUUUCCACUUCUUUCAUUUUCCUGACCAUGGAUGUGCUUCGAUGUAUUACGGGCAUUUUGAGCUAGACCUUUAGAUCAGUGUUUCCCAAUCCGGUCCUCAGGGAUCCACAAUUGGUCCAUGUUUUUGCUCCCUCCGAGCUCCCAGUUAGACAGUCCACAUUUUAGCUUGGGAGCUCGGAGGGAGCAAAAACACGGACUAUCUGUGGGUCCCCGAGAACCGGAUUGGGAAACACUUCUUUAGAUGAAUCUUUUACUUGUUAUGGCUUUGCUUCCUAUUUUUCUCAUGAGCAUGUGUUUAAAAAAAAAAACAAAAAAACAAUUGUUGCAAAAAAAGAAUCCAACAUGUA